UAUGGGGUGUCAUUAUCAUACAACUACCUAAAAUAGUCUAUACUAUACUAAUAAUGUAACCCAAUCUUUUCCUUGUGAAUAGCCAGCGGUCCGACCGUUACUCCAUCCGCUCCUCUCUUUGUCAUCUUCAUAAAUAAAAACGGUACCUUUGCACCAAAUUGAUCAAAAUCCUUCAAAAAUGGCUCCUAACAAAGAUCUCCAAUCAACUACUCCCAUAUCCACACCAAAACUAGCUCUAUCUUCACUACCAAUUAAACCGUCUUUCGAUACCCCAGGCUCCAUAACGCCCCCAUUCGGAACGUCAAUUUCCAUUCCUUUUCAAUGGGAAGAGAUCCCGGGAAAGCCCCGAACCGGGAUUUCCAAUUCUGGUCAAAACCCAGUUCGGGACUUUCAUAAACCGUCUGUAGUAAGGUGCUUGGAACUCCCUCCGAGACUUAUGAUUAUUAAUGAAUCGGCCAAAAUGACCGGUUUGCCCUCCCCGACAACAGUUCUAGAAGGGCCUGAUCAUGACCUUGGCUCGAAUUCAUCAUUUUGUACUAAUAGUAAUAGUAUGAGUGGAAGGUUGGUGAGGAAAGACAAGAAAUGGAAAUUGGGAAGUUCUUGGAGGUGGGGGAGUUUUAGGGAGGUGAAUGGAUUAUCCGACGACAUUUCAUCGUGUAGUAGGAUAGUCGAUGAUGAGAGUAAGACCACGAAUGUGAAGUUGAGAAGAAGGAAGAGUUUUGUCGAUAAUUUUGUGAAUAUGCGAGAAAGACUUAAGCAAGCGAUGCCCUGGAGACAUAAACAACAUUGAGAGUAGUAAAUUGUUGGAUUAAUUCCAUUGUUACUUAAUACAAUAUGACUUAAUAUCAUAUGGGCAUUAUAUGAUUAUGCUUUAUUAUUAUAUAUAUUGGUUAAUUUUGGCAAAUUAAUUUGAUUUUAUUGAUAAAUAUAA